AUUAUAUAUCAAUAUGCAGCAGUCUAAUAAACCUUGUCAAAACUUCAAAGUUUUAGAAUUUAAUUAUCCUGAACUAUUUAAUAAGGCCAUGACUUUUAAGCAAUAUCAUUAGGAAUAUACGGCAAGAAAUAAAGAUCAUCCAUUAAAAUUGGGCAUUAAUGAAAAUUUGAUUGAAUUAGGUUCAGAUCUAAUUGAUUUCUAUUUUCAUGAUUUCUUUACAUUUCAAGAGUAUGUCUUUGAGAAUUUAAUUUAUUAUAGUCUACCAAAUAAAGAUCAUAACACAUUUUCAUCCUACAGUGAGAUUAGAAAAUAAAAACAGUAAUUAUUGUCUGAAAAGAAUUUAGCAGAAGUUGCUAUUCAAUUAGGAUUAAAAAAUUAGAUGCUUGUUUCUAUUAACCAAAAUUCGGAUUUGAAGUAUCUCUAGCUUUUAAUCCUAUAGGAACAACCAAAGAAUUUAGUCUUAAGCCUUAAAGGCUCUUAUAGGAGCGUAAUAUUUUGAUAAAUAAAAAGAUCUAAAUCUUUUAAGGAAGCUAAUGAUUCCUAUUUUUUAAGAUUUAAUCAAAAAAUCACUUGUAAAAAUAAUCAAUAUUUAGAAUGAAUCUAUGAAUUUACACAAACAAGAAAACUUUAAGGGAGUGUUCAAAGAGUAUAUGGAUAAACAUCCGGAAUACACUUAUAAAUUGGUGUUUUAAGAAUCCUUAAAUCAAUUUGAAUAAAAUCGCAAAAUUUAUUAAUAUGAAUUAUUGAUAAAUGAUGUUUUACCAUUAAAAAGAACUGGGGAAUAAAAAAAGGCUGUUGAAGCCUAGGUAUUUAAAGAUGCCUUGUAACUUCUAAAAACUGAUUAAUUUUAAUAAUUAUUAGAGGAUAGUAUGAAAAAUUAGAAUGAGAUUGCUUAAGAGUCAGGAAUAGGUGAAUCUUAAGUAUAAAGCCAUAUUCAUAAUAAUUUAAAAUUUGUUGAAAAAUUAGAGUAAUUAGAAUAGAGCUUACAAUAAAAAUAGUAAUUGAAUGAAAAAGAAGAACUAGGAAGAUUAGUUGAUUCUUUCUUAUUAAUGUUUUGAACACCAAAAGAAAAUUUGAAGCAUUAAAAACGAAC